AUGUCGCACACUCACGACGGAUCUGCCCCGCACUCCCACUCGCACGAGGGCUUCUCGGCCGCCGAGCACGGCCACUCUCACGAGAUCCUCGAUGGACCUGGUAGCUACCUCGGUCGCGAGAUGCCCAUCACCGAAGGCCGCGACUGGUCUGAUCGAGCCUUCACCAUUGGCAUUGGAGGCCCCGUCGGAUCCGGCAAGACUGCCCUCAUGCUCGCCCUCUGCCUCGCCCUCCGAAAGGAAUACUCCCUCGCCGCCGUCACAAACGACAUCUUCACCCGCGAAGACGCCGAAUUCCUCACCCGACACCAGGCUCUCCCUCCCUCUCGCAUCCGAGCCAUCGAGACUGGUGGCUGCCCGCACGCCGCCGUCCGAGAGGACAUUUCCCAGAACCUCGCCGCCCUGGAGGAUCUGCACCGCGAGUUCGAGACGGAUCUGCUUUUGAUCGAGUCCGGUGGCGAUAACCUCGCUGCCAACUAUAGCCGUGAACUGGCGGAUUUCAUCAUCUACGUUAUUGACGUGAGUGGUGGUGACAAGAUUCCCAGAAAGGGAGGACCUGGAAUCACACAGAGCGACUUGUUGGUUGUGAACAAGACGGAUCUGGCAGAGAUUGUGGGUGCCGACUUGGGCGUCAUGGAGCGGGACGCGAGAAAGAUGCGGGAGGGAGGCCCUACGGUGUUUGCACAGGUCAAGAAGGACGUUGGCGUGGAUCACAUCAUCAACUUGAUCAAGAGUGCAUGGAAGGCCAGCGGCGCAGAGGAGGAGAGGAGAAGCAAGGGAGGACCUAGGGCGACUGAGGGCCUGGAGGCGUUGACCAACGCAUAA